GGACAAGUUGGGCCAAUGGUUAUCAAUACAAGAAGUUAUCCACAUAUUUCUUUACUGCGUGCACCUCGCUUUGUUGACGCAGACGGUUGGCACGGUCGUCAGAUAUAGAGAAAGUCAGAUUUGGGAUCUAUUUGAGGCAAUUGAUCCUGACGGCGGGCCUAGGCGAAGCUGUUACUUUGUGCGACUCAACAUGCGUAUAGCGAGGAUGGUGAUUGAUGGGAAAAGCCAACCCUCACAUUGUUGUGGCAGAACCUCCCAGGUAUUUUUCACAUACUGCGUAUACAUCCUGACCUUGACCUUGCCCUUGACCUACCUACCUAUAAUAUGAAUGUAAUUGAAGCCAUAGCGUAACAAUGGCAUCAGUUCUGCGUAUUAUUGAUGUGUUGUGUCGAUAUCUUCUCUUCGAACACUUGAGAAGAAGAAUGAUCAGAAUUUUUCGAUGGCAAACAGAAUUUACAUAUCGGCACUAGGGUGGAUGGUCCAGGAUGUUGAUAUUUUCAGACCAGGUCAUGGAUUCAUCCUCCCAAAAUGGGCCGAUCCCGCCGCCGCCAAGAACUUUCGAUAUUUCGGAGACGCUCCCCACUGUGUCCCUGAAAAUGCGGAUUAAGCGGGACUCACAGACGUGGGUAAGGAUCUGCCCUCAAGGCUGGAGCUUAGCGUUUGUGUUGUCAAAGUCAUUAUCCCAUCUCGUCGAUUGCCAUUUUCUGGAAAUCCCCCAAUAUCCUACUCCUCCUUGCCCCAAUCCUCUUUUUUUCUCUCUUUCAACGUCGACUAUCAUAUGCGACCUAAUCGGAAAUGGACUCCACAGAAACUGCUGAUGUAGUCGUUGUAGGUGCUGGUGAGUUAUUCCCACUCUCGCGGUGUUUUCUCUCGUUUGGAGUUAUUGUGGUUGUUGCUUUCUGUACGCCCACACUUCUUAUCAUUUGAGAGUGUUUUCGAGUAAUUGUUCAAGCGAGCCUAAAGUAAUACUGGAAUGAAUUGCUUCAAAUGGAAUACAGUCAUCCUGCAAUAUGUUGCACAAGUUGUCGAAGAGGUGUGUGGGAUCAUCCGGCGUUGUCUUUCCAAAAACUAUGCGAAAUAGUCUUGAACAAUUAGAAGCAUUUUUGAGAAAGCUUGGGAGGAUUGACUGACUCGUUUCAAUUCUUUUAAACCUUGUCGAGUAAGGCCUAUAAUUAUUCGAGAACGUUUCGUAUAACGGGAAGAAAAUGUGUCCCCAAAUAGUGACCGCUUCUGCUAAGACUUGGUCAUUACUCCAUAUACACCUCAAAGAAGAUACUGUGCUUCUAACACGACAAAAUAAGUUGCUACAACUUCGUGGUUUAAUGGAGGCUCACAACAUUCCAUCACCUUAAACAUCUCAGAUAAUGGAGAUAGUUGUUUGAAGCUUUCCUGUACAACAUCGAGAGCAAGGACAUAAGUUAAGACCUGAAGCUAACCAAUUCAUCAAUAGGAUGGGUUGGCCUUGUCGCUGCCAAAACGUACCUCGAAGUGCAUCCUGAGUCCCAAGUCAUUCUCCUUGAGGCUGAGUCCUCAGUCGGCGGGGUAUGGGCCAGCCAUCGUCUUUACCCUGGCCUAAAAAGCAAUAACAUGCUCGGGACCUAUGAGUAUGGUGACUUUCCAAUGGACGAAGCAACCUGGGGCGUUAAACCUGGCCAACACAUCCCCGGAAAUGUGAUCCACGAGUAUUUGACAGCAUAUGCCAAGAAAUUCGGGGUGUUUGAAAGGACUCGCUUCAAUACAACGGUCGAGAGUGUUAGGCGAGGGGACAAGGGAGGGUGGCUAUUGGAGACAAAUAAACAAAAGUUGAUAUUUGCAAAGAAGUUGGUCGUUGCUACUGGCAUGACAUCUCAGGCUUUUAUGCCAACUUUCGAGGGACAGGACUCUUUUGAGGUACCAUUGUUCCACAGCAAGGACUUCUUACAACACAAGGGAACACUCAAAACAGCCAAAAAGGUGACGAUUUUUGGGGGGACUAAGUCGGCUUGGGAUGCUGUUUAUGCUUACGCCUCUGAAGGUGUUCUAGUUGACUGGGUAAUUCGAGGUCAGUCUGAUGACGGAACUGCUAAAAUACCCAUUCUAAUGAAAUCCAACAGAAUCUGGUCAUGGACCAGUCUGGAUGGCACCGCCCUAUGUAACGCCACUCAAAAAAUGGCUCGAAAAGCUUGUUCAUACUCGAUUUCUCACCUGGUUAUCACCUUGUAUAUGGGGAGACUCCGACGGAUAUGGCAAGAUUAGAGGAUGGUCACACGGUACAGCUUUCGGACGCGCGUUGGUUGACCGCUUCUGGGCCAUUCUGGGUGGUGAUGUGUUGGCUUUGAACAAAUAUGAUAGCCACCCUGAAACCGCCAAGUUGAAGCCGUGGAUACCAGCCUUUUGGGUUGGUGCCGGAUUGAGCAUUCUCAAUUACGAUACCGACUUCUUUGAAGUGGUGAAAAGCGGCAAGGUGAAAGUCCAGAUCGCUGAUGUUUCCAGGCUAUCCAAAGGACAGGUUCACCUAUCUUCCGGUGAGACCCUCGAGACAGAUGCACUUCUAUGUUCCACAGGUUGGAAGCACAGCGCACCUAUGAACUUCCAACCUGAAGGUCUCGAAGCAGAGCUUGGCCUUCCACACCUAGAGGACGUAACCCAAAGCGAGGCAACACUGACGGCGAAAGCUGACGCUGAAAUCUUUACACGAUUUCCACGAUUGAUUGAUCAACCCAAGCAAAACGAGAAGCUUCAGCCUCUCACAAACAGCAACACGAGCCUGACACCGCCAGAUCUGUAUCGCUUUAUGGUUCCUACGAAGCCUGGAUUCUUGGAGACGCAUGAUAUUGCCUUUGCUGGAAGUUUGAUGACUAUCGCAACAUCGACGAUCGCGCAAGUACAAGCGUUAUGGAUUACAGCAUACUUUGAUGGAAAGCUCGCUUGCACCCAGGACGUCGAUGACCAGGCUUCCGCAUUGCAAUACUCUGCAACCCUCCACAACCGGUUUGGCAAGUGGCGAUACCCGGGUGGGUGGGGUGGCAAGAUUCCAGAUUUUGUAUUUGAUGCAUUGCCAUAUAUCGAUAUGCUGUUGAAGGACUUGGGGAUCAACUCGAGAAGAAAGACAAGUGCAUUCAAGGAAAUCACGCAACCGUACGGGCCGGAGGAUUAUGUGGGUAUCGUUGGGGAGUGGAAGAAAGCAAACUGA